GUCUACCCUGUCGAAGUACCAGGCUGAGAUGAAGAAGCUGAAGACGCUCCGCGCGAAGCUCCACAAUCACGCCAAGACUGCCAAGGACAGUGACAAAGGCCAACAUGACACCUGGGCAAAGGAGGCUGACAAGACCCUCAAGCUCGCGACUGAUCACGAGGAGGCGGUGGAGCUCCUGAUCGAGAAGACGGGAAUCACUCACGAGACGAACGAGAAGAAAGAGGAUUCUGCCAAUCUGAACAAGGAUCUCGUAGCCAUGAAGUCCACCGCAGAGCACCACCUGGACGGCAUCAAACUGGCGGUCAAGAGGUUCUCGCGCUACGUGGAGUGA